UGUAAAUGACGGUCAGGUAAGCUAAAGCUAACGGUUACCAUGGCACUCAUUUAAGUCGUCUGAGCAGAAGCCCUCCUGUAUCUCAACUACUCACCUUAAACAGACUGUGAUUCUUCCGUCCGACAUGAACGCACUCCUUCUCCGCUUCCAUAACUUCUUCUUCCCGCUGUGGCAGGGGGAGGACCGGGUCUGCAAGUGCUUCUGUGGGAGCCAACAAGCCUAUCGUGUUGUUCCGUAUGAGGGAGCCAUGUCAACGGUAGAUUCCAGAGAAAACUUCUUUGGGAGUGACAUCAUGACCCAGCAGAACAUGGAUGUGAUAGUUGGACUGUGCUCGGGGAUCCUCAUCACCUGGUUGUUGAUGUGGCUCAAUCGCGUUUGGAAGUCGGCAAGCCAACUUAACAAUGUUUAUCUCUGGUCAAGGAUACCCACAUUACGUACCAUAGUGAAUGUGUUAACACAGCUACAUCCAAAAGACACCAAGGACCUCGAGCAAGAACAUACUGCAGAACAGCCAGUAUAUACAGAUAGUGAAACCUGUUGACAAAUAAUAAAAAUUUGCAUGA